UUUUAUUUAUUUAUUUUCCUUGCGUCUCAUUGGCGUUUAUGAAUCAUUCUUUGGGUCACGUGACCAUAACAGGAAGCGGAUUCCUGCUUGUUCUGCUGCUCGGUUUUGUUUGCUAACACUGCGUACGUUUUCUACAUGAAAAAGAAAAGUCAGCUGUGUUUCGUUAGUUCAGCGAUGGCUAUUAUCUUCCUCGUCAUGUUUGUGAUGUAUAGCACCUUAAAUUCCCACUAUGUAGCAUCAGGACGUAAAAGGAAUGUCAGUAUUGCUGGGAGAACACUCUACAAGCUGGACACCUCCUGGCCUAAAUAUUCCGAGCAUUUCACUGGAGAGGUUUUCGGAGUGGCUGUGAACCAUCAGGCCGGUGUAGUGUACAUUGUGCAGAGAGGUGAGAAUGUCCCUAAAGUUCUGGUGUUUAGCACAGACGGAGAUUUCCUGCAUGCCUGGAACACCAGCACACUAGAGAUGCCACAUGGUAUUUUUCUGGCCAACGCUUCAAGUUUCCCCACUGUGUGGAUAACUGAUGUGGGGAAUGGGCCCUAUGGACACACUAUAAAGCAGUAUUCAUCCUCUGGGAAGCUGCUGCAGGUGCUGGGAACAGCAGGGAAAUCCGGCUCUGGUCUCAACCCACUGCAGUUCGACCAACCUGCUGAUAUUUUCAUCCAUGACUCCACCAGAGAGAUUUACAUUGUGGAUGGAGAUGGAGGAAUGAACAACCGUCUCAUCAAACUGUCUCAAGACCUGCAGAUGUUGUGGAUGCAUGGUGAGAAAGGUGAAGGGCUCUCACAGUUCUACAUCCCUCACAGUGUGGCUGUCGAUCAUUUUCAGAGGGUGUGGGUUGCUGACCGAGGAAAUAAGCGGAUUCAGGUGUUUAACUCGGUGACUGGAGACUGGCUGGGCUCAUGGGGAAGCUGCUUCACAGACGACGCACCUUACUCCGUGAGGCUCACCCCUGACCAGAAGUACCUGGUUGUUGCACAGUUAAACACUAACCGUGUCACUCUGCUGGAGGCUCCACCUGUGGGAAUUAUUGGUCAGUGUAAAGUGGUGAGUUCCAUCCAACUGGCUGAUGACAUUAAACCUCACCUGGUGGAUUUGGAUCAGAAAACGGGAGCACUUUACGUGGCAGAAAUCGGUGGUCAGCAGGCUCAGAAGUUUGUACCAACAACAUUUAGGAAUAACGUCCUUUAAACCACAGACUUCACCUGCUCAGAGGGAGCUGUUUGAAAGGGAAGAUGAAAUUAUUAAAACCUGACAUAAUUUAGAUUCAUUUUGAAUAAGGGUAUGAACCAUUAAGUCAUAUUCGGGAUAAAUACGAUACUAUAAUAAUAUUUCUAAGAAUAUUUUCCAGAUGCCAGUUCUAAGCUGAAAUAAGUGCACUUUAUUUUGGUAUUGCAGGAUGAUCAGAAUACUUUGUUUUCGGUUUGUAAUACAAUAUGUCUGUGCAGGUGAAUGUUUUGACUGGAUGGAACAAAUAAGCUUUGACAUGAAAACAAGUAUUUAAGUCUGAAUUUCAGUCCACAUUUAAGCACAUAAAUAUUCUUAAGUGUAAGAGUACAUGCAUCUUGUUUAGUGUUGCCUGGUGCUUUUGAAUGUGACUGUAACUGUAUUUGCCAUGUCUGUAAUGCUUUACUUUGUGCUGUAACAUAUUCAUGUAAAUCUAUACUAUAAUUCAUGUUUGCUUUAGAAAUGUGAGUUGAUGCUUUUUCUGUGAUUUGGAAAAAUAUAUGGAUUGACAUGCCACUAUAUAACUUGUUUUUAUCCAUCAUUAUCAGUUUGGGACAUAUUUUAGAGUGAUUUAAUAUAUAAUGGAAGCAAUUUGUGAGAGGAAAGGUGUGACCAGUAUUACCUGAGUUUUGUUAUGUAUGACUGAAAAUAUACAUGGAGUUUAUCAAAAGAUUUUUAAAGUAGUCUGUAUUUUUAUUAGUGACUAAUUAUUAAAUGUGUCAACUUUUCACUGUAUUUAUAAUGGACAUAUACAAAGGUUAUUGCAAGUGCAAACUUAAUUAGGAGGCCAAAUAUGUGUUUAGGUAUUGAUAUUAUUAUUAUUAUUAUUAUUAUUAUUAUUAUUAUUGGAAAUGGUCAUUGAGCAGUGUUGUUUGUUAUUUGUUGUGUACAUUUGCAAUGUGAAUCAAUUAAUUCAUGUAGCAAAAAAGAAUCAUGUUUCUGAACUCGAUGUCAAAAAAACUGCCAUUUGUCUUUACUGGAAAUUACUGUCUUUACUCUAUUGUAAGAUUAAAUCAUUUUCAAAACCAAAGUAUUCUUUAAAGCUGUAAAUGUCAAUAAACCUCUGUCAAUACAAUGCUCACCUGA